CCACAUCACAUGAUGCAUAUGUUGGCAUAAAUAAUGAGUUUCCCUCGACAAAGAAAUGGACGAUUAGUGACUAGUUUAUUGUUUCCCACAUUCAAGGUUCUCAAAAAACCUUGUGCAGUUGGUGCUCGCUUGACACAGAUCUGAUCUAUCCGAAAUGGGUGAACCAAGAUGGAAAACCAAAACUCAAACCAGUGGUUUACCAACAUUCUUCUUCUUCUUCUUGUUAUGGCGACGUGUGGUGUCGAAUACUAACAAGGAAAACCAGAUAGCGGGUGAUGAAGCCGCUUAUCUGAAGCAGCUUAGGAAGGCCGUAUCCCCUGCCCCCUCUAGCUGGUUCAACGUCACGAACAUGCGCGAUUGGGGACACGUCACGUGCACCGACAGUGGCUUCGGCCUCACCGUAGAAGAAAUCAACCUCAUUUCAAUGCCCCUUACCGGAACACUCCUUCCAGGUCUCAACAACUCCUUAGUAAACCUCAAACGCCUCAUUCUCACUAACAAUUCUCUCACUGGGAGAAGGGAGUUGUUCCAAUGGGAGUUGGAAUUUGUCCAUAAACUUCAUGAGCGGUUAAGGCCAGUGAAAUUGUCAUCUGCGAGCGAAGAUUCCGUUGUGUGGAAGUUCGAUAAUAAAGGGGUGCAGGUCUUACAAUCGGAAACGAGGUCGGACGAGAUCACGAGCUAUAGCUUCACAAGUGUAAUCUGGAGAGCUUCGUAUUCCCAAGAAUUGAGCUCUUUGGAUGGUUUAUAUUAGUUGGUAGAAUUAAUACUAAGGAGAGGUUGAUUAGAUUAGGAGUUGUUAUUAAUAGUGAUAAUAUUUGUGUCCUGUGUAACAAGAGGAUAGAAUCUGUUGAGCAUUUAUUUUUUCUUUGUGAGAUAACUUGGCAGGUGUAGUGCUCCUGGCUGCGGUCCUCCUUAGGUACAGAGUGGGUAAUUCCUGGAACCAUUAAAGAGCUAUUUUGUGAGUUAGAUUGGUAUGCCCAACAGACGACGAGGACAGAAGAUGUAGAUGACGGCGUUCUUUGCAGUGAUCUGGAACGUCUGGUUGAAACCUAAUGCUAGAAUUUUUAGUAAUAAAAGAGCAAGUAUCGAGAUCAUUCAAACAAG